AUGGCCCGGACCAUCACGGAUGGCUCGCGUUGUCGGCGAAAUAGCAAGCUCGAGACUUUUCUGAAGAGGAAUACAGAACGAGAUGUGUACGAGCGGAUACGUGCCUACGAGCCAUGCGUUGUCGUCUCGCGGACAAUUAGCAAAGUGUUCAUGCACGUCGUACUCAGCGAUGACGGCAUCUACCUGACCGAGUACCCCCCGCGCACUCUGCAGCUGGGCGUCCAGUUCAGAGACAUCGUGGAUAUCGCGUUGAUCAAUGAUUUACCAGACUUCCUUAGUGGCAGAGCACGAGAGCAGUCUCUCCACAUAUGUGUUGUCUACACCAGUGCAAAGGAUGCUGGGAAGGGAGACCUAAGAAACAGGGGUUCUGCCGUGUGCAAGCCCCAUCCUGCCUCCUCAUCUGCCCCGGAGCACAUGGGGCGGAGCGCCCCUGUGGCAGUGGCCAGGGUAAUGAAGAGGAUGGUCAGAGAGAGGUCGGGGGAGGAGCAAGAGGCGGAGCUUCAUCUGUAUGCCGUGUCACUAUCCUCACAAAUAUACCUCCAUCUCCAAAGCUCCUGGAGCAGCUAUAUAAUGAGAUCCACACUGAUGUUGGACCCUCUGUACAUGAGGAAAUGCAACAUGCCAUCUUCUCCCUUGCCCAGGAAACAGAGACCGGCUGCCAGCUGGGAACAGACCUCUCAACUAUUCUGCCAGCUGAGUGGGGAGCUCUUACAGGAGCACCUCGGUGUGGAGAGUCUGUACCUCUUGCUGCAGGAGUUGUGUACAGCCGCACACCGCGAUGCUGCCAUCAGGAAGCUCUUCUGGAGGUCGGCUGAGCUGUAUCCCUUCCUGGUACACACACUCGUGGACACCUCUGCGAUCUCUCAGGACAGACCACACACCACUGACACACUGCUGCUUUGCACGCUACUCGUUCAGACUUUAACGCUGAUGUUCCGUGAGACGGCGUCGGAACCUGCUCGUCAAAGCGUGUUGACAUCCAAGCAAGGCAGUGUAACGGCGUCCAUGCUCCAGGCUGUGCUGACUGACUCCGAGCUGGCCCUCCCAGUGGCCCCACGCCUCCAUCACGACCUGAUUAUAUCAUACACAGAGUUGCAGGCCUUACAAGCAGAGUAUCUGGAUGUAGUGUCUGGUCUUUUGUUUGAGGUGCUUGUGUUGUGUCAGGAAGCAAGCCACACCCCCGAUCCAGGACACUUCCUGACUGUGGGCUGGAUCUUUACAAUGCUUCAGUCACACCCUUCCCUUGUCGGGUUUGUGGACUAUCAGGCCCAGCAGGUGGUGCUAGUUCUGACCCACUCCCGGUGUCCCCUGAGCCCACCUCAGGCCGUACUGCUGUACCAACGCUGCACUGUUCUACUGGCCUGCUUGCAGAACAAUGCCACCCUCAGCACCUACAUCACAACACACUACAAGGAGGAGUUCAAAUAUUAUGUAGGAGUGUCAGAACUGAAAGACAAACUUCCUCCUCACUACCCCAUCAGCAAGCGCGUGCAGCACCUCCUCACUGCACUCCUCCACCGGGUGCUUCAUGAACCUCCAGCUCUGACUGUGCGAGAGAGGGGGCCUUAA